AUGGGCGACGCCGCCAACGCCUCCCGUCGGCGUCGGCUGGCCUCAAUUCUCCUUUCCCGGAAACCGCGCCUCACCGACAGCAGGAACGAGACCACGGCCACAGCCGAAUCCAAGGAUGGCUUCACCAUGGCGGUCUCCUUCUGGAUGGCCGACCCACCACAAUUGUCCAUCUUCUCCAUCCACUGCUGCAGACCCCCUCAUUUUCAAGACGGGCCGUACUGCAAUUUCAAAGAUUUGCCACACGUGGUCGGCGUCGGCGCGGCGGGCCGUUUCGUUCUCAUCCGCGCCGUCUUCGACCGCCGCGCCACAUCCGAAUAUUUCCUUUACAAGGCCGGUGAGUCACCAUUGCUCGACCCGAUUCUUCCUCCCUACGAUUAUCGUGAUGGCGACCGCGAUGAUCUGCGGGGGGUCAGGGAGUUCGGCGUCCUGCAGCUCGGCAGCCAGUAUCUCGUGGCCGCUCUCUGCCUCGACCCGUUGUCGGAUGACUAUUACCUUCGGAUCUACUCGUCCGAGAGAAAAUCAUGGAGCACCAGGACCCUGCCCAAUCCAUGUCCUGGGGUCGACAGGAUUAUGCCCGACAAGGUGAUCACUCUUGGAGAAGAAGGCCUACUAGGGUGGGUUGAUUUGUCACAGGGCCUGCUGAUGUGCGACCUGCGUCAAGAUCAGGUGCGUCUCACUUUCAUCCCGCUGCCGGAGCUGUUGCCUGGGAACAGAUACAAACUAAAAGGUCCCGUUCCCCCUCCCACCGCAGAGAGAAGCAAAAAACUAGAGGGCGAAUCUCACCCAAAUCUCUGGUGGUUUCGGGAUCUCUCAUGGGUUGAUGGCGUGCUCAAGUUUAUUGAGAUGGAGAAUCUUGUUCCUGAAAGCCGGAGCGACAAGGGUGAUGUUAUCUACGAUUCAGACUUGAUCAUGUCGCUCGAGCGCAAAGCCGUGGAUUGGCAUUGCAAGCAGCCGUCCUUUGGGGGUGCCUGGAGGGCUGUCACAUGGACUCGGACAGUUUCGUCCAACUGUUGGCGCCAGACAUGCGCUGUCAAUGUCGCUGACAUCUUGGUUGUUGACGGAUCAGCGCAUUCAUCUUUGUUGCCCGGGCUAAAGGGAGAAAAGUUGACAUUCAGGGACCUCUACUCAGCUUUCCCCAUCCUGAGCCCGGAUGGUGACGAUAUUCUUUAUCUCAAAUCUAUGGUGGAACCCAGUAACAAGGAUGGAUGUGUGGCCGCUGUUGACUUACGAAACAAGGCUGUGAAAGCAGUUGGCAAGUAUUAUCUUCCGGAUGAUUUUUAUUACCACUUUCGCUAUGACCCUGAACAUCCUUUCCGUGUCUGUACAUUGUCCCGCCAUCUGGAUAUGACUCCAGGCAUUGAAGUCACAGCGUGUCGCAAGAUCACAGGGGAUGCUAGCAGCUCUUCAAAUUUUCCAAGAAACACCUCACUCAAUUCCUGCGAACCAAGGAGCAAAAUCCAAAGGCCAUUGGAAUUGGCUCAGAAAAACAAGCGUGCACGAAAUGCUGCUGGGAUUAUUAUGCAGAAUGAUCAUAUUUCCAAGCUUGACGAUAAGGUGCUGGAGCUAGAGCGGGAGCUAGAGCAGAAGAAAGAGCAGAAGCCACAACAGCAGUGCUUCAAAAAGUGGGAUGCGGCAAGCUAUCCCCCUGGGCAUUCAUUGUGGCCCCAAAACAAUCUGCCAGUGCGGCAAUACUUCAGCAAGCCACCACCAUCGUUCGCCCCUCUACAUGGUCGUCACAACUACCAGGCACUGUGGCAGCAGCCACCACCAUCAAAACAGCAGUUCACUUAUAACAGUGAGUUUGAACCUCAUGAGGCACCCCUGCCAUCCUUCAACAAUUGCAGUGGAGCCGGCUACCAUUGGUAUUCACAGCAAUUUUCUGCCCCUAACUCAUUUGACUAUGGCGCACACACAGUCUAUGGCAACUACCAACACCAGUGGGAGCAGCUUCCCAGUACUCUGGAGCUGCCUAUUGCAUCUUGGCAGCAUCCACCUCCUCCGUUGCAUUGUGAUCCAACACCUAGUGAGGGGACAUCUUCCUUACUACCGUUGGGAGAUGCAUGA